AUGGCUAAUGCCGGUUAUAUGAAUGGGAUGUUGGCGAAAAGACCCUUAUUGGAAAAACUGUCACUGCUCAGCAUUUUCUUUCUUUUUGUGGUCGCGUGUGCAUGUUUGAAUAUCUUAACAAUUAACUCUCGUUUACUUCUCCAGUUUGCAGGUGCAGAUGAUGCUCUUCUUCAAGGCAUUAACACCUACCGGACAUCCCUGAACUUGACGACACUAACAAAGAGCGACAGCGCAGAUUGUCCUGCUGAUGAAGUAGCUAACCAAUUUAAGAAUCAACCUUGCAGCAGCACAAACACAACUGGUGCUAACACCGUACCAGGCACUGAGCCUCAGCUUUCUAACUACCCAACCCUUCUAGCCAAAUGCCAUUUGAACGUCUCCAAUACAAGGGAUGGCAAUGUGAUGCCUGCUUGUGUUCCAAACCUGGUACCAAGUCUUGUGCUAUCCAACUUCACACAGUCUCUUUACUCGGAUAAUCUUAAUGACAAUCGG